AAAGCGAAAAAAUCAUCGAACAACAAAAGAAACAAAAACCAACCCCAAAAUAAAAUGAAAUUGUAUUUUCUUGCCUCUUCAAUAUUUUUUUUGCCUCUUGACAUGAUAAGAAAACUGUAAAAGACCUGAUAGAUUGCAUGAAUGAUGUGAGGGGGCGGGGACAUAUUCCUGAACGUCGAUUUCCAUUUAAUGUGAGUGAGUGCGCCAGGCGGGCAAAAAUAAACAAACAAACAAAUCAACCACAAUAGAGUUCCCUUACAUUCCUCUUCGAUUCUACGGAAAAUGCAACACAAAUAUUAGCCAUGUCAUAAAACAAUUAACCCAAACGUAUUAAUUGCAAUCUUGUGAUAGUGAAAAUAUGGAAACGAAAAGCCACGCGAGGCGGGAAUAGCAAACAAACCAGAGAAUUUACAACGAAAAGUUGCUGAGAAGCGAGCUUCGGCAAAUAUCAACAGCUGGGAAAAGCAAAUCAUAAGUAAACACAGAGGACAACAGGACCAGACAACCGCACAGGACGAAGGAUAAACGUGGUAGUUGCCAUGAGAGCAGCCUCGGGUGUUGACCAGGAAUGAAAGGAUCCGGUCCGAGGGUAAGAGGACAAAAGGAGCAACAACAGUAGCAACAGCUGCAACAGCAAUCCAAACAGCUGCAACAUUCACGAGCAACGAGCAACAACGAUAGUGGGGCAACAAUAAGAACCGCCAGAGACAACACCCGCAAUCAAAUCAAAUUCAAAGAUGCAAAUUACAAUUUGCAUACAAAUGCAUGCGGACCAGACGAGCAACAUCAGCACCACAAACUGCACCACAAGUAACAAAAGCCUCGCAAAUUGUUGUCAAAUGCUAUAAAAUUGUACGGAAUAAUUCUAAAGUACACUUGCAAACAUAUCAUCGAGCGGGUGUAAGGUCCCACAAAUCAACAUGAUCAAGGGUAUUCUGAUACAGCGCAAAAGCCAGGAGGAUGCCAGCUACACCAAGCAGCUCAAGAUGGAGCACGCCGAUCUGGUGGCCGAGAUGCAGACCGUCGAGAGCCUGCCCACCCACGAGAGGCUCCAGCUGGCCCGACUACGUCGGGCCCAGCAGCUGAAGCUGUCCAGACAAAAGGACAAGGAGUGGGCCAAGUUGCAGAGGUCGAAAGGCAACACGGCGAGCGGUGGCGGCGGAACCGGAAGCGGAUCACUAGGCAACGCGUUGAUGAACGGCAAUGGAGAUACUACGCACCACUUCCGGCACGCCAAUGGAUCGGGCACUUUGAGCGGUAGACGGCACAUAUCCUUCGAGAACAGUGUGGUGCUCCUUGAGGCCGCAUCCCGGAACGAUAUGCCCGAGGUUGCGGCUCUCCUGCAGCACGGAAUCACGCCGGAUGCCGCAAACGAGGACGGGCUGACGGCGAUGCAUCAGGCGUGCAUCGAUAACAACGUCGAGAUGUUGCAGCUCCUGCUGGAGUACGGUGCAAAUGUGGAUGCGCAGGACAGUGAUAAGUGGACGCCCCUUCAUGCGGCAGCCACCUGCGGCCACCUCGAUCUGGUCCGCAUCCUCAUCCGGCACGGCGCCAAUCUGCUGGCCGUCAACACCGACGGCAAUAUGCCCUAUGACCUGUGCGACGAUGAGAACACCUUGGAUUUCAUCGAGGGCGAAAUGGCACAGCGCGGCGUGACCCAGGAGCUUAUCGAUGAGACGCGCUCAUCCACGGAGCGGAUUAUGCUGCGGGACCUCAUGGAGCUGGUUCGCACCGGAGGCGAUUUGGAAGAGCCAGACUACCAGUGCGCUACGCCGCUACACAUAGCUGCUGCCAAUGGAUAUGUCCGUGUCGUGGAGUUUUUGUUGGAACAGCAUGUCAACGUGGAUGCCAUGGACAAGGAUCUGUGGACUCCGGUACACGCGGCCGCCUGCUGGGGACAUCUCGAGGUGCUGGAGAUGCUGGCACAAUGCGGUGCUGAUUUAAAUGUUCGCAACAAGGACGAUGAGACGCCCUCAGAUAUCUGUGAAGAUCCCGAGAUCAGGGAACGUAUCGAGCAGCUGAAGACAGAGCAGGAGAGCAAACGACUGGCCGAGGCGCAGCGACGACGCGUUCGACGCUCACAGAGCAACAACACUAGAGCCCAAUCAGUGAGGCGCACUAGUUUGCGGGACAAAACGCUGACAACCAAAAAGGAUGCCGUCGAGGAGACGCGUCUGCGUCUGCAGGCCCAAGAGGCGACGGAUUCGGAGACACCCUCUUCUGGUGGAGAUCCCCUGACCAAUGGCUAUGGUUAUGGAAACAAUAACGGAGAGAAGCGACCCUCGACAGGCAGUUCGAAUGGCCAACUACUGCCCCACUCCAAGUCCGCCGAUACGCUGGAUAAUGCCAUGACGGCAUCCUCCGCCGCAUUGUCGGCCACCGCCACACAUUCCUAUCCCUCGCGGCGUCCUCCGGAUGGCCGGGAAAACGAUGAGUUGCUCCGGCUAAAAGCCUCUGGUGCCGUUGGAGAGAUGCAGCGGGCCACCUCCGCGGCGGCAGUCAUCCUCACCGAAAAGGGAACGGCGGCCAGUGCCGAGGCCGUUCAAAUCCAAUCGUCCAAGGAGGCUGCCAACGGCAAGAUCAACGUUCAGGUCACAGUCCUUGUGGACACCAACAGCACGCACCACCAUCAGCAACAUCAACAGCAGCAGCAACAUCACCAGCAGCAACAAGUAUUGCUGUUGCAGCAACACCAGCAACAUCAACAGCAGCAGCUACAGCUACAGCAGCAGCAGCAGCAUGUUGCCUUGGAUGGCUAUAGUGCCACAUUGGCCAAUUUGAAGAAGCAACGCUCGCUUUCACGCACCGCCAAUGUCCUCAAUAAUUUCGAAAUAUCAUCCCAAACAAAUAGCAAUGCUCAUUCAAUUGCAGCUGCAACUGCAACUUCCACUAAUGGUUCUGUUUUAGGAGCCGGCGGCAGCAACAACAACAACAACCUUAGCACCAGCAACAACAACAACAACGGAUCGGCACCGAUCUCGACGCAACCAACCAUGGGACACAUGGGUCCGGGCAGCCUGCUAUCGGACUUCGAGGGUUCCUCGCCGGCGGGCAGUUCGCUGAACAAGUUCAGCGGAAUCACCGGCGAUGUUGUCACCGACAGCACCAGUUCCAGUCGCCGGUGCUGUGUCCUGAUGUAGAAGCUUAAAUAACUAACUAAUAGAAUCACAGGGUAUUAAACCAACAAGAACAUUUGUCAGAGCGAUAGACCAUUAUUUAAAUGGCGAAGAAAUAAGUGUCUUUUUUUAGAUUAGCCGAAUUCAGUGAGUGAAUUGUUGAAUGUUAAAAACAAAAUUGUAUGUUGGUUUAAGAGUGGUGGGGGUUCAGUUCUUUGAACUCCCGGAAACGGCUAAAAGUCGUUGCAUUUUCCUAGCAGACACUACACAAAACACACACACAACCAAUUAUACGAUACAAGUUUAUACAAAUAUACAACCAUAUGUAUACAUUUUAAUGAAAAUAUAAAAGGAAAAAUUAUAAAAUAAAUGUGAGCAGUUUACCCUA